GGGCAGCGGGCGCGGGGCAGAUCGGUUGCUCAAUUCGGUUCGGUCGGUCACUCAGUUCUCAAACUGCGAGCUCGCUCCGUACAUGUGUUUUUGAACGCGGGAUCAAUUUAUCAACAUAAGUUACUGAACGUACUUCAAACGUCAAUUCGACGUUUCAGUUUGUUUGGGACGAAGUAGUAAAAAUUGGCAAAAAUGUGCGAACAGUUUUAAUUAAUAACCAACCCGAAAUUGACUAUGUGAACCUCUGUGAUAAAGUGAAGUUAUUUAGUGCCGUUAAAUUUAUGUGUGGUCAAGUUUUUAUUUCCACUAGCUGGGUUGGUAAAUAAAUAGAGAGCGAAAAUGAAAGCAAUCAUACUGCCAGAUUGCAAUCUCGCAAUUACCAUUGACCUCUAAUCGAGAUUAUCGAAUUGAGAACUUAUCGAAAAAUGACCUUCUAAUCUAAAUGAAGGAAUCCUAUCCAGAUGACAUUAUGCUCUGUUUUGUCCAAGGUUUCGGAGAUGGCGAACAGUAUAAGAACAGAGUUGAUGAAUGUGAAAAAGAACCUAAUCUGAGAUUGUCUAAGAAAAGACAGAACGGCAAAAGAGUGUCGCUGCCCGUGGCAGAUGAGCAAUCAGUUGAAUUAAGGCCAAAGAAGUGUGAAGCAUUAGUUACUGGCAAAUCGCUAAGACUUAGUUCUGGGGAGCUGUCAAACACACAGGAAGUGAAAAGGAGCUUUAGUGAUCGUUUUUCUGUAAUCACCGAUGUGAGUGGACGAAGGCCACCAAGAAGGCUGCUGACCAUCAGAAAAACUUGGUCAACCGGGAACUUCGCGUCGGGCGCGGCGGGUGGCGGGUGCGGAGCCCCGCGCUCUGCUCCCGCCACCCCUUUCCAACUCGAGCCCCAACCCCGCACCAAACACGAGAAACAAGUGCUAAAACCCCUGUCGGGGUCGGCACCUUCGGUCCGUGUGAGUGCGUUAACUCCGGCCGGUGGUCCUCACACAGACACAUCGGACGGCAAGCAGCCCAGCAAAGCGCGCCAGAAGAAAUUCCAGAGGCACUUCCCGCAGGUCGGGCCAGAGGAGAAGGUGCUCAACUAUUACUCUUGCGCGUUAGUAGGCGACCUACUGCUGCAAGGACACCUGUACAUCACGAAGAACUACUUCGCUUUCUACUCCAACGUCUUUGGAUAUGUGACUAAGUUACUCAUCCCGACGCCGUCAGUCCUCCGGAUAACUAAGGAGAAGGUGGCCCGUAUAAUUCCGAAUGCUGUGGGCGUUUGCACUCGCGAUGAGCGGCACGUGUUCGGAUCGCUGCUGUCGCGGGAUUCCACCUAUAAGCUGAUGAUGCACGUGUGGAAGGCAGCCAGGGCGCCAGAAUUAGCCACCCCGAAGCCUCAGGAUCUGAGGGCGUCAGAGGUGGAGUUAGACGCAUCUGAGUAUUCCCCCGAAGACGACAGCAGCUCAGCAGGCGGCGAUCACGUGGACGCUGCCACGGCCACAGUCAGACGGGAAUCGGAAGCCAUCAUUGCCGCCGGUGCAGCAGUAAUCCAACCUGCCUUACUGACCGGCAGCGUUCCACCCAACAAGAAACUCGACCACUCCCCGUACGACUGGUGGCGCCCUCUACUGCUACUGCUGACGGCGGUGCUCACUAUAUCCGCCUGUUGCCUCGCGUACAAACUAUACCGCAUCAACACCGACACCGCGGACGAGUUGAGCAACUUAUCCAGCGACGAGUUGUAUUCCGAGUUGGUCCAAUGGCGGACCAGACUGCAUGGUCGGGCCGCGGGAGAAUUGCACGCGUUUCUGUCGACUAACCUGAUCUUGCUCACUAAGGUGCGGCAAUCUCUCGAAGCGUUAUCGGGCGUGAUACUAUCAGAUAUGGCGCAGAAUUCACCCGUAACGGACGUGCCCAACGAAACCGCGUUCAGUUAGCAACCGCAUCGACACCAGUGAGUGACGUUCUAUUCAACAAACACACAUACACACACGCGAAAACGCUCAACAUCUAGAUGAAUUUAGUUUAAUCUGAACAUUUCAUUCUUAAAAACAUUAUUGCAAUCUUAUAAAAAUCUACAUUUGAAAUUUUCAUGAAAUCAAAUUCCUUAAAGGACGAAGCCGUAUGAUCUCAGUACCUUUUGCCUUCCCAAUGGGAGAAUAUUAAAAGAAUGAGUUUUUUUUUCAAAGUUAGUAAAAUUCUAUUCCAUAUUCGAAAUUGCGUUGCAGAAAAUUGAACCAAAUUAAAUUAAAAAUUAUCGCAACUGAACUGACAAACAAUUGACGUUAACAAGUCUUUGUAGCGAUGCAUCAAUUACUUGCAGUCCUUGUUAAAAUAUCCAAAAAAUCCAAGUAUUUGGUUUCUAUUAACAGUUUUAUCAUGUGAAUAAAAAUAGCUAAGGGAGCUGAUAAUUUGAAACAAAAUUAGUUUACUUUUACCGGAAAUAUAAUAUGCCAGAAUGUCGUGAAUUCUCUUGACGAGAUGUGAUUGGUAAAAUUUUAAAAAUGUUCAUUAAGUCUAUUGUCGAAACGAUGUGUGUUGACCUAUAUUCAUACAGUUCAAAUUACUGAAAUACACGGACGAGCAAAAAUAUUUCAAGUUAAUAUAUUAUAUUAUAUAGUUAACAUUAACAUCAUCUUAACGUUUGAAAAUAUUAUUUCAUUUUAAUUUAUUUAUCUACCAAAUGAUAUUUCAUAUUGAAUUUAACUUUAAAAUCUGUGCCGAGAUGAAACAGUGUACCGGACUUUUGCUCGAAAGUGUUGACACUUAUAUUAAAGAAAAAUAUGGAUUUUGUUUUUAUUUAUUUUUUGUUAAUACGUGAACAAAAGUGUCAUUACAGAUUUCGUUAGCACACUUAUUUUAAUUCAGUUUUCAUAUAGAUUUCUUUAUAAAGCCAUUAUAUUUAUUCAAUAACAAUAUUGGAUUUUGCAAAUAGUUAUCUUAUUUUGAAUCGUUAGCAAAAUAAUAUAUCUCAGGGUCAAGUUGGGGACAGAGUUACAAGGAGCACAGUGUAACAUAAGAAAUAUCUCUGCCCUUUCCUUAUUUGUCUAUGGUCUAUCUUGACGUGGUUUUAUUAGUUUGAUAUGCCGCCAUCUUAACCAGCUGUCAUCAGACGUCAAAUGGCUGGUUAUAUUAUGUUCACCGGGAUAUUCCUUUUGUGACACUGUGCUCCUUGUUGCACUCUCCCCUUCUUGACCCUACUACAUUAUUAGUGUCGAAUAUAUUUAUGACAGAGAAAUUAUUGUUUAUUCAUGUCCAACGAUACAAGUGUUUUAUAUUGUAAUACCGUUUUGGAUGUAAUAUAUGUGAUGUGAUGUACAUAAGGAUAGGAAUUCAUUUCAGUGAGUGUCUAUGAGGCAUAUUCUACGUCAUUAUAAUAGUGUCAAACACAUUAAAAUUAAGACUUAUGAAAUAUUGAAAUAUUAUAAAGAUUUUUCUAAUUUAGCCUUAUAAUUGUUUUUAUUAUUGCGUAUAUUAAAAUAACCUAGAACUGUUUGAUUAUCCAGGCAUGCAAUCCAAAAAAGUCCACUUGGUUUUAAAAACAUAGUAAAUUAAGUCUCUACAACAUUAUCAGUGUCCAGUACAUUGAAUAGUGAUUCUUUACUUUGUAAUAUUUCGAUAAUUUAUAAAAUUUAACAUGGCAAUCCUAUCGAAUCAUAUUGGGUGGUUGAGUCAAUGUUGAUCCUAUUAUUUUGGCCUUUAGUUUGUGACAUGGUGUCAUAGCGCAAUUGUGGUUCCAUUAUCUUGAUAUUAAUCAUGUUAAAGAAAAAAAAAACUUAUCAACACAAAAACAAGAAACUCAAAAUGUUUUCAAUACAUUAUUAUAUUUCACUUGUUGAUGUUCAAAAUUGUGUGCUCUUGAAUGUAUACAUGUUUAGCAUUGGUUAUAUAACUGUGAAGAGCUAGAUUAAGGUGCUGAUGGGAUAAAGGCUUAAUAUAAUAAUUGUUACGGUUGAAUUCUUUUUAAUUUGAAAAAAAAAAAACAAUAUUGUAAACGUCUUGUUCAAAGGGUUUCGAAACCAAUGCUAAGUCUACUAAACAUAGAUUUUAUCAUAAUUUUAAAUAUAAAUACUUAACGUAUUUGUUUAUUUUUUUUCCAUAGUAUCUAUAGUCGACGCUGGUGGCUGACAGCUUAAGGCUAUAAUGGUUUAAACUCAGCCCCUCUAGCAUGAGCAACGCGCCGCUAUAUGAUAUGAUAUAUAACUCGUUUUUAUCACGCUGCAUUGUCAAAUUCUAUGGAGUUUCACAGUUACACGAGAUAAAACGUGUUAUAAUUUAAAUUGCGUUGCUCAUGCUGCGGGGACUCGUUUAUAUUAUUACAAGUACUGCUAUGUUGCUAUGUAGCGUAAGCAAUUAUAGACCUAAAGUGGCAAACCAUGAAAUUUAUUCAACAUUAUAAAGUCUUUAUUGCCACAACUUUAAAUUGGAAUGCAUUUACAUGGAAUUUGUACAAUUGUGUAUUGUGACAAACGAAAGGCAGUGGUGCUAGUAAAUAAGUAGGAUACUUUUCCAACAUUCCGAUGUAAUGGGAAGACAUAAGGAGGUAGCGAGCCAAUAUGGGACCCAAAUUGAAAGCUUGUUCCGCGGCUUGCCAAAUAGGUUGUAAUAUAUCUUGCCAAUGGGGUUAAUUUAGUGUCAAACGUGUUGUAAUUUAAAGUUCACCACACAUAUUGAAAUGCAUAAAUCCGAACGAUAGUAAUUGAUUUGGAACCCAAAUUAUUAUUACUGAAAACUAGGGAACUUCUUCUGACUGCUAUAAUGAAAUUACUCGGAAUUUGCGAGAUGUCGUUUACAUUUUAAGGAACUUACAACUUGCUUGAUGGAGAUAAAAAUCACUAUGCGCUAUGUCUUCAAUUUUACCCAGCUGCUUUAAUUACAAUACGUUUAUAAAUGGACUUCUGAAUAACAAUGUAAAAAGUAAUAAUAAUUUAAUUCAGUAUAAAUAGUUUGACUUCAAUGAAUAUUAAAGUUAAGCAUUAUUUUUUUAAUUUAGUGAAAAUUUUCUAUGUACUUAUUGGAGUCGACUUCUCUUUGUCUUUGCGAGAAUUGUUUCAAUAUUGAUAUUAUUAUGAAUGGGGUUUCGUUAGAUUAUAGUGAACAAUUAAUCGUCCUGUAAACUUCGUGUAUUAUAGCUAAAUUAUUAUUCUAGUCUAUGGUAAAGCUCAAGGAUGUUUUGUUUAGAAGUAAGGAACUUAUAUCCGAUAACCAUGAGCACUCUGUCUAACUGAGCACUAUAUUAUUAAAUAAUGAAGGAUACAUAAAGGUGUCGUAUGAGUUGAACAUUGUCCCGGUGUAUUUAGGUAAAUUUUCUUUAUACUGCAUUCCGCGAAUGACAGGGAUGUAUUGCAAUAAUGUUUAAGUUUAAUAUGCAUUUCUCAUAUAUUUACGGAUGCCUACAUUUAUGAGUGACUUAUCACGACUGAUAUAUAUUUAUUCCCAUUCAUAUAACAUUAUAGGCACGGCACGUAGAAAAAAAUGAGAUACCAUAAUUUCGAUUAAAAAAUAGUCCCAUUAAACAAUACAUAAUAUGUCGCUUAAUUAAUUAAGCUUGUUAUGAAUGUAAUGAUGAAUAUUAAAGAAAUCAAUUGCGCAGGGAGAUAUUUAGUGACAAAAUAUAUCUUGUAGCAGAAGUGACUCUAAAAUCUCUUCCGAUAAAGCUCAAUGUUGUUUGUACCUUUGUGUCAACUAAAGUCUCUCCCUUGCUAGGUAAACAGCUCAUCUGCAAAAUUUAUUGGGAAUACCAAAACUUCUGUGAUAAAAUAUAUGGAAAAUGCCAUCUGUUAGAUAAACAACCCUUUAAUAAUAGUUCCAUCACUUUUAAGUAGAUGGCGUGGAUAGAAAAUCAUGGAAUACCUGGCAGAAUUUGUUUUAAACUAACCGAAUGUCAGAUACUGUUACUUUAUAAAAAAAAGAAUAGAUGUCAUUAACAAUAUGCUAGUGCUUAUUUAUUAUUGCGAAUUUCUUUGAAAAUUUGAACUUUUGGGUGUAACAUUUAUUACUUGUUAUAUUGUUGAAUUAAUGUUUAUCAUCGCUAUACCGUGUGUUAAUAUAGGAAUUGUCCGUUUAAAAGAGGAAAAUAAUAGCGACAAAAUACAAGUCGCCAUAUUAAUUUCCAAUCUUAAAAUGUCAAUUUUAUAAAAUCUUAUUUCGUCCUGUUACCAUCGGUGCCAAAGUGACUUGUGUUUAGUCCGUUUAAAAUCAACGUAUUUUGCCUCUUAAAUUGUGUAUUAAAUAAAAAUGGUAGAUACUUCAAGUUGUUAUGUACACAGUCAAGAUCCUCCUACAUGUUACUUUUUUAGAAGUUUGUUGGUACCUAUCAGGGUUAUUUGUAUUUUAAUCAUAAUUAUAUUAUUUCUUGUAAUUAAUUAAUAAUUCAAAAAAUGAAUCGUUCUUUCAAAACUAUUUCCAGAUAAAUUUUACAGGCGUCUAUUACGAAUAAUAAAACAUUGGUAUCGAUUCUGGCAUGAUUCACUAAACCUUAAAACAAAAUUUAACAUCAGUCUCACCUUUUCAUUCUGUAUAGAGAAUGACAAAGAUACACUGUUGUCAAAAUUAAGUUUAGGUUUAAAGAAUCGUGUCAGAAUCGACACCAUUAACGCCUCAAUUGCCAUUCUCAACAUUUUGUUUGAAUCUAAAAUUUAUGUGGUUGAUACAACAUAUUCUUACAUUGACACAGUUUAAAACGGUUGUUUUAAGUUCACUUCCCUGGGAAUGAUUCUGUUAUAUUUAUAUCAUUAUAAUAUUGCCAAAGACAAAAAACACUAGAUAACUUAAUAUUUCAAUCUUAGAUAGAAUUAUAAGUUUGUACAAUAGCUAGGCUUAGGUAGAGAUCCGAUGUUUUAUUUCAUAUUACGAUUUUAACAUCCGAAAUAUAUUGGUGUUGUAAUAUUAUUUUGUUAUAGUUAUAUUGUAACCAUGUUAGAAGAACGCGAGAGAAUGUUGAUUAUGCAAGAUCAAUUUUAAUUUAUAUAUGUAAACGCGUUUAACAUUUAAAACAUCGUGUGGACUCCUCAAGAGAUAGAUAGAUAUAAGUAAUUUAUUUUCAUGUAAGUAAAAUAAGAAAAAAAAAUGGGCAGAGAUAUCUCAUUACUCCCAGCUCACGGUGUGAAUGUGCAAUGUAACAAUUUAAUUCAGUUAUGGAUGGUGAUUUCAUUUGGUCAUUAAGUUAAUUGAUUUCUACCGCGUAGGAAUUGUUAACCAUUUUGGUGUACGACAAUGUUUUUUUUUUGUAUUUGUUGUUUACUGUAAGUAAUAGAUAGAUAGUUAAAUGAAUGAAGUUGUUUUAUUGAAUGUUCCUCUUUUACAAGUAUUUCGUACAUCUUAACAGCGACUCAACAAAAAUAGUGGAUGUGCGCUUCUAUUUGAAAACUUGAGACUUGUAGGUAAGUACACAAAAGUAUAAAACGGUUGAUUUCUAAUCGAGAUACAACAUUUAUUUAUUUAGUUCUUUUUCAUGAAUAAACGUAAUAAAUUUUAUGUUUAUGGGAAAUAUCUGUUAACGUUUAAUCUAAGUCACAACAGUGAAAAGUAGGAUGGAUAGAUAAACUCUUAGAAGUGAUAUCGCUUUUAUCUACAUAAGAACAAAUUCCCCUCUCAAACGUCC